CAUGGCGGCUGAACGUCAGCGUGUCGUUUUGUCUCUCGACAACGUGCUGCUGCCUGAAGAGAAACUAAAGGAAACGCCGUCGAUGGCACACGGAUUGGACCGCGAGAUGGAGACAGAUCUUAGAAUGCUGAGUUGUGAAUUCAUUCAGGCGGCAGGCGUUCUGCUUCGUUUACCACAGGUUGCUAUGGCUACUGCUCAAGUUAUUUUUCAACGAUUUUACUUCUCAAAAUCAUUUGUCAAUCAUGAUUUUGAGCACGUUUCUAUGGCAUCUCUCUUCCUGGCUGCCAAAAUAGAAGAGGCUCCACGUCGUAUACGUGACAUCAUCAAUAUUUUUCACUUCCUGAAACAGAAAGCAAACGGAAAGGCAACUCAACCAAUGGACUACAUGGGUACUCUGUAUUUUAGCUCCAAAAAUAGUGUGAUCAAAGCUGAAAGGAGAAUUCUAAAAGAAUUGGGAUUUUGUGUUCAUGUGAAACACCCACAUAAGAUUAUUAUUACAUACUUGCAAAUAAUAGAACAUGAAAAUAAUCAAGAGCUGGCUCAAGAAUCUUGGAAUUUUAUGAAUGACUCGUUGAAGACGGAUGUCUUUGUUCGGUUCACACCAGAAACGAUUGCUUGUGCUUGCAUUUUCCUUGCUGGUAGACAGCUUCAGAUUCCCCUUCCUGAGAACCCACCCUGGUGGUUGUUGUUUGAAGCUUGUUAUGAAGACAUUGAGGAAAUCAGUUGCACUAUCUUGGAACAUUAUGAAAGACCUCAAAGAGAAUUAUCGAAACUAGUAGAAGCAGUAACGGAGGCUAAGAAGCAACUCGAAGCUAAGAAAACUGGGGUAAUCGUCAGUUCUAGAGACAUCGAGACAUCAAAUGGUCUAAAGACUGGUAGUCGGACUAGCUCUCGUACGGCUUCGCCACAAGCUGGAAGUGCCACUGGAUCGAAACCCACUGCUGACAAGGAGGAUGAAAAUUAUGACACUAGGAAAACUGAUUCACAGUCAAGGAGGGAAGCAAAGUCCGGCGAUAUAAGUCCUGUGGUUGUGUCUGACAGAAGCAGUGGGUCUCUCAGUGAGGAAAACAGUCGUGGUAGUGGUGAUGAGAGCAGCGAUAGUUCUCCACGUGUCAGUCAGCGUAGCUCACCACGUCCAAACACGAGAGACCAGUUGCCUCGACCGUCAAAUCGAUCACGACAUGCUAGACGAAACGAGAGGAAUGCAUCUCCUAUUCGUAGGCAUCGCCAGCAUCGACAUCGCUCACGCAGUCGCAGUAGGUCAAGGGAGAGGAGGGAUCGCCAUCCAAGGGAAGGUCAGAGAGAACGAUUUAGAGACUAUAAUGGUGAUAGAAGAUCAGGCUAUGGAUACGAACGUGAUAAAAGUCGUAGGGAUCAUUACGGAAAGGCCUCUUACCAAGACGAUAAGUAUCGAGGAAAGUCUAAAUACAGAUGAAAUAGUCCAGUCUGAUUUGAUUAUAUGCACAUAGGACUGCAUCUUUGGUAUUAGUAAAUAAUGAAAUUACGUUACUGUGUUGUUUACUAGUGUCUGAUGUAGCUUAUUGUAUAAUACAUUGCCAUCUGCAUCA